GCCGCCCCCCGCCCCCCAAGUGGCCGCAGCUGCCAGAAGCACCACCUGCGUUCCCACCGCCGCCCCCAGCGGCUCCAAGGGCGCCUCCCCUGCCACCACCGCCACCCCCUGGAGCUUUGGCGGACUUGCCAGAGAUGCCUGAUGUGAAUCCAGAGGACCUUCCUACAUUGGGUCCUGUGCCACAGCCGCCUUUGUUGCCAUGCAAUUUGGAGGAGGCAAAGUCGGCACCAUGGCUGUUGCGAAUCCCGUGCAAUCUGACCGAAGCGCCCGAAUUGGUCUCGAUGGAUCACAUCCCAGAGGGCUCGGCCUUUCCCUUCCAGGUGAUGCAAGGGCCUCCGACGCUCAGCAAGCCUCCUCCGGUCUACCCUGUUGCGCCUGCACCAGCACCUGCUGGCGCACCAUUGCUAGGUGGAAUGACCAAUAUGGCAUCAAAUCUCCCUGGCACGAACAUGAUGAAACCAGGAAUUGCCGGAGCCAGUCUUCCUACCAACCCCUUGGGGAAUACCAUGAAUGGCAUGCUCAGCGCGGCCCAGCUGGACAAGUCAGUCCCAAAAAAUACCGAAAAGCGCCCUACAGCCUUCCUGGAGAAGAGUGAGAAGGUCUCCCAGAGGAGCCUGCGAGCAGGAGUCCAAUCCGUACAGAAGCAGGAUGGCGACGCAGAAAUGACCUGCGACUGCGAGGUCAUGCACCAAAAAGCGCUCGACGGAAGAAGAGUUCACCUUCAAAGAUGUGUGAUUCUGAGUGGCACUGUGUAUUAG